AUGGCAGAGCGUCCGCAAUACUUCGAGAAUACGUUGACGCCGCUCCAAAUCAAUGCGACCACUCUUCUUGAGAGCCUACAAGAGCUCCGUGCUGCUGUUCGCAAUGGUGCUGGGUUGAUACAGGAGAACACUCUCUUGCCUGAAACAUGGGGCCCAGCUGGCAUGUUCAAAGCUUUCCCCGGCAUUACUCUUGCAUUCCUACGCCUAGAUUAUCAGUCCUUGGUACUAGAAGAUCACAAAGCUGCUUCUAUUGACUACCGCCGCUACGCACUAGAACGGAUCCCAUCAAGCCUUCCGGACACUCCUCUGCUAGCCUCUCGAUUAUCUCCAGCUGGCUCAUCUUCGCCUAUGACUGCUGUCACUCUACGCAUCUUGGGUACCUUUGCGAAGAAUAAUUGGCAAGAUAAUGUCAAUGUUAACAUCACAAGGGAGGAUAUCACUUACCUUCACGAUGCCAUGCAGUGGGCACUAAAAAACGAGCCUCUCGUUCUCCAUGAUGGCCGAAAAAUGGGUGGAGAUGAGAUGCUGUUUGGCCGAGCAGGACUUCUUUGGGCCCUUUUGAAUGUUCGUGCUCAUCAUUUUGAUCAAGAGACUCAGGAAGCUAUCUCACCUGUGUUGGCGGCAAUUCCUGAGUUGAUCCGAAUGAUUAUCGAUGCCGGGCGACAAGGAUCCCAGGAAUACAUCAAAAAGAAUGGAGCCCAGCACGCACAUCCAUUGAUGUAUACAUGGAUGGAGGGCUAUUACUGUUUUGGGGCGGUCCAUGGAAUAACUGGCAUUUUAACCAUCCUGCUCUCAUGUGAGCCCCACGAGCUUACAGACUAUCUUCCUGCCAUUGGUGGUACUAUCACUGCGCUCUGCAAGCUAUCUGGAGCUGCCAACGGCCACCUCCCCAUGACUCUACCUCCAUAUAGUAUCGGGCAGCGAUCAGAACUAGUCCAACUGUGUCACGGGAGCCCAGGGCUGUUGAUUCUCCUAGGAGCUGCCUUGAAAAACAAACCCUUAACCUGCGCUCACUGGGAUCCAAGCUGGGACCAAGCCAUGUACUUGGGCACUGAGCGUGUGUGGGAAGAAGGUCUGCUUUCCAAGGGAGGCAGUUUGUGUCACGGCGUGGCUGGCAAUGCAUGGGGGUGGCUCCUCCUCCAUGAUUGCUUUGAAUACCAUUUGGAUAUUCUGAGCGAUGCCCGGACAGCUUAUCUCCAGCGCAGUCGGUUGUCAGCACUUCCAAAUGCUGAGGUGAACCAAACACUCACCAGUGACUUCUUCCUCUCGAAGGCACUUGCGUUUAUGUUGCAUGCACGUGAGACUAAGCCAUACAACAGUUCGCCCGCAUCUUCCGACAAAAAUUACCGCAUUCCUGAUGACCCUUACAGUUUGUUUGAAGGUCUUGCAGGCAAUGUUUGUGCGUGGGCUGAUACGUGUGCGGUGAUUCAAGCCAGGCUGCGCAAAAUGGAACUUGUUGAGCAGGGUGUAUGCGCUACAUCUGGCUUAUCACGAGACCCAGUGUUCCGGGCAGUUUUUGAUAGACAAUUGGGUUUCCCGGCCCUGGGUGGAAAUGGCGCAACGGGUAUUUUCUGA